AUGAAUUUCGAAUUUGAGCGAGAGAUUGGCUUUAUCAAUAGUCAGCCAUCGCUCGCUGAGUGCCUGACAUCUUUUCCCCCUGUCGGUGAUACAUUUCAAAGUUCAUCAAUCAAGAACUCGGCGCUUUCACACUCGACACUGAUUCCUCCUCCUUUUGAGCAGACCAUCCCCAGCCUGAAACCGGGCAGCCACCCUCGCCACAGCAGCGGCAGCCGCCCCAAGCACAGCCCCAAUGGCAACAGCGGCAGCCCAGUGCCACCCGGCGCCCUCCAGCCUCCGGAGUACCCCUGGAUGAAAGAGAAAAAGGCGUCCAAGAAAACCGCCCUGCCGCCGCCUGCUUCGGCCUCCGCCCCUGGACCAGCUUGCCUGAGCCACAAAGAAUCUCUGGAGAUCUCAGAAAAUGGAAAUGGGGGCUCUAGGAGGCUCAGAACUGCGUAUACUAACACACAGCUUUUGGAGCUGGAGAAGGAAUUUCAUUUCAACAAGUACCUCUGUCGACCCAGGAGAGUGGAGAUAGCAGCUCUCCUAGAUCUGACGGAGAGGCAAGUCAAAGUGUGGUUUCAAAACAGGCGGAUGAAGCACAAGAGGCAGACCCAAUGCAAGGAGAACCAGAACAGCGAAGGGAAAUGUAAAGGCUUGGAGGACCCCGAAAAAGCCGAAGAGGAGGAGGAAGAGGAGGAAGAGGAAGAAGAAGAGGAGAAGUCUCUUUUUGAGCAAGCCCUCAACAAUAUCUCGGGUGCCCUUUUGGACAGGGAAAGCUGCCCUUUUCAGCAGAAUGCCCUGGCUCAGCCGCAGGCGCCUCCAAGCCUCCACAAUGGAGAGUCCCAAACUUUUCCAGUUUCGCCUUUAACCAGCAAUGAGAAAAAUCUCAAACAUUUUCAGCACCAGUCACCCACUGUUCCCAAUUGCCUCUCAACAAUGGGCCAGAACUGUGCAGCUGCCCUGAACAAUGGCAGUCCGGAGGCCCUAGAAGUCCCUUCUUUGCAGGACUUCAGCGUUUUCUCUGCAGAUUCCUGCCUACAGCUUUCUGCUGCUGUCUCCCCCAGUUUGCCAGGAUCCCUCGACAGCCCUGUAGAUAUUUCAGCCGACAGCUUUGACUUUUUCUCAGAUACGCUCACCACAAUUGACUUGCAGCACCUGAAUUACUGAGAAAGCACAGACCUUCAUGCACCAAGGGUU